UCAUAGUUCGGUUCUCGAUCGCGAGAUCGCGCGCGUCUCUCUUCCCUUGAUUGUUAGUCAGCACCCGUUGAAGCUUCUUGAAGCGAGUGUGUGAGCGCGCCUCCUAAUGCUGAUCUCGAUCCCCAAACGCUCCACGGACGUCGAGUCGAACGAGAACGAGUCGAAGCAGAGCAGAGCCACACACAACGUGCUGUGUUGCACGUUUUGCCUUUUAAUUUCUUCCGCUUUUAUUUAGCGCACCGCUAAACUCGUUUAGUUGUUCAGCCAAUUCAGGACCUGCUGCUAUUCUACUGCGACCAGCGUACGUUAGUUGCGUUAUAGUAAUAAGCGGCUGUAUUAAAGGUAGUGCCAGCGCGUAGGAAGUAAUUGAGAGUGCCGUGUUGCCAGCGAACAAAGUGUAGCCCUCAAAAAUUCCAUUACUGGUGCAUUGCGUGUUGCGUGGCUGGCAGAAGCUAAAACAGUCUUCGUGACGUAUUUGACGUAGCGAUCGCAAGAGGAUAGAGAAGCAUAAAGCGGGAACGAGCCCAACAUUUGAUUCCUUGAGGAGUCCUCCUUAUCAGCGGAACGCACGUUGAUGAACCGAAGUUUCGUCACUCACCAACGCCACGCCACUAUUCGUAAUUCAUUAGAGGACCCAUUGUAUAAUCAUAACUCCCGAUGGGCUAAUGGGCGACCUAAUGCAUUUAUCGUGAGUGAUCGUGAGGUGCCUCACUGAAAACGGGCUGAUCGGGUGAGUGGAUAUGGUUGACCGCGCAGCAAUUGCAAACGCCCGGGAUCGUGACGAAGAUUGGCCGAUGUGUCGCCAAUAAAAAGAACAAACAAACAAUCACGGCGAACAGCUGGAAUCGUUACAACAUUCGAUUAUUGAAAUCGUGCCGUUUCGUGCCGUGGGAUUAUUGAGUGUGACGUAAGGUACAACUUGAUGCAACAUCAAGCGAUUAGAUACGAUCAAGUGCGAAUGUGUUCUGGAUUCUCAAUUUCUUUGCUAAAUCUGAUCAUUUACCAAGGAUAACUCAUCAAACAAAAGUUAUCCACUUACGGGCAGAGCUGAAUGAUCCUCUAGAGGGUGAUCGUAAACAAACUCCCGAAAAUAAAUAUCCCAACCUUGGUCAUUGGCGUGAAAAUCGUGUGAAUUUGCCUCCAUCCGGCGCGCUGCACACGCGCGUGUUUUUUUUUCACUAUUUUCUUUCGGUGUACGACUAAACGACCGGAACAGCGGUCCGCGUCGUUAGCCAAUAAACGACCUUGAUCUUGGGAAAGUAUCGAGCGCGCGCGCGCCCGAGAAACGAAACAUCUGGGCGUCCACCGGUUCUCCACGGCCCGCGACCAUUGGCCUGGGGAGACCUACCUGUACGCGUCCCACUUCUUUGCAAAGAGCGAACCGGGUCCGAAAUACUACUCAAAGAGCAAAACAAAACGCGCGCGGUAAAGCAAGAUCACACCCCGGCAGGCCCCGCACACACAGCAAAGACCGGUAAGGGUAGAUCGCGAUCGCGAGAGAUCGUGCCGUAUGUUGGUCGGCUUUGGAGGUGCGCGCACGCUGUUGCCAGUCACUUGUGGGCAGUCGUUUAGCGAACAUCACAUGCGAACCACCACUUCGCAUUCGAUCAAAAGGCAUAUCGCGUGCGUAGACGAAUAGUACACACGAAAAGAAAAGAAAAAAAACUUACUACGUUACUAAUUGAGUGAAACUGGCACAUGAAACGUUUUCCUUCUUGAUAGCUCAAGAUACAGACUCACACGGAAAACGUCAGAAGCAUUCGAUUUACAACACACUGAUUGACAGUACCUUUGUGAUCGGUUGGGUGAAGUGAACAGUUUGGCCUAGGGUUUAGUUUGAUCGGAUCGACGAUGGAUCUGCUCCCAGUGGGCCGGUUUGGCCCGAAAGCUCUGACGGAGAAAAUGGGCACCAUCUCGCGGAUGCUGCCCGACGGUACGGUCGGUUUCCUUCGUGGCAACUGUCGCAAAGACUCGUUCCCCGAUGGCGGUUGCGUCCUGGCGAACAACCGCGUGCAGGCGGACGCUGCAACCGCGUGUGAGCAGCAGCACGGUGAAGUGCGAAACGAUGACGACGAAAUCGACCUAAGCCGGUUCGCUAGUGAAAAAGAUACACGUGCUUACUUUAAGCGAAAGUUGGCCAUCUUCGAGGCGUCCAUGAUGACGCCGGUCGCGGCCAACAGACGCCUGGCGGCACGGAAGCUGGAGAUGGAGGGCGGUUUCGGGGAGCCGUACGCGCCCGAGGGCACCGGACCGACCGACGAAUUGGAUUGUAUUCCGCCCCGACAGCUGCUCAUGUACUUGGUAAGAAUGGGCUCGUUCACGUCAGCACCGCAAAUAAAAAAUGUGGACUAUCAGGAUGAUAAGCUGGAAAUUACCGAUGGAAUGUCCGUGCCGGAUCUGGUUGAUUACUGCCGGAUAGCGAGAGGGGACGAUCGCCCAUCACUGGUGAAGCGUAAAUUUCUCAAACCAGUUGAUCGUCUAACCAGGAACGAUCUGACGGAUGGGUUCAAAAUGCUCCAACUAGACUCUAUAUCCAAAACAUGCAGUGAACCAUCGCUUACAGCCACACAGCUGCGAAUAUUCCAAUGGAAUAUGCUCUCACAAACGCUCGGUAUGCACAAUGACGGAUUCGUACGAUGCCCGCUGGAAGCACUGACGUGGGAUUGCCGGCGGUAUCAGCUCAUUGAGGAAAUUGUACAAAACGAUCCCGACAUCAUCUGUCUGCAGGAAGUGGAUCACUUUAAAUUUCUGCAAAAGAUACUCAGCACACAGAACUACGAAGGCGUGUUCUUCCCCAAACCCGACUCGCCCUGUCUGUACAUCAGCGGUAACAAUGGUCCGGACGGGUGUGCCGUGUUUUACAAGAAGGACCGGUUAGAGAUGGUCAACCAUUUUACUCGCGUUCUGGAGGUGUGGCGUGUGCAAAGCAAUCAGGUAGCGAUAGCGGCCGUUUUGCGCACACGCGAUACGCAGCAGGAGAUUUGCGUCACCACCACACACCUGAAGGCCAGGAAAGGGGCACUACUGUCGAAGCUGCGCAAUGAGCAGGGCAAGGAUUUGCUGUACUUUAUCGACGGUGUGGCAGAAAACCGACCGGUCAUUCUGUGCGGUGACUUCAAUGCGGAACCGAUCGAACCGAUCUACAGUACGGUGCUUAACUACAAACCUCUCGGGUUGGCCAGUGCGUACGCGGACCUGCUGGCGGAGGAAUCGCAGGACGAGAACAACCAGAACGCACUCAACACGAAGUCGGGCAGUGAGCGUGGUAGCCGUAGCAGUAUUGGAUCAGCGCACAGUAUCAGUGACGAGUGUGGACUUGCGAACGGUGUGCGGACGAAGGCGGAACAGUCGGCCGUGUACGAACCACCGUACACGACGUGGAAGAUACGCGAGGAGGGUGAAGUAUGCCAUACGAUUGACUAUGUGUUUUAUUCCAAGGACAAACUUACGGUAAAAAAUUGCCUAAUGUUCCCUUCCGGCGAGGAAAUCGGUGUCGAUCGCACUCCAAGCUUCCAAUAUCCUUCCGAUCAUUUUUCGCUCGUCUGCGACAUCGAACUAAAGCCUGCAACGGGAGAUGGUCCUGCGGACGUUUCGAACUCCAUACCGAACCAUCAGCUGUAGGGUGGAAGGGAAAUGGCAGCAAAAGAUGCGACAGUGUCGCUGGUAAUCGGUUUCAGUUCCGUGUUGAAAUUGUUUGAAAAAUCGAUUUCCUGCAAACAGCCAUUCGGACAACGGCGACAGCGCUAGAGUCUCCUUUUUUGCCGGUGUUCUAAGGGUGUGUGCCCGUGUGAGAGGUUAAUUUAGCUUAGGGGACUUUUAGUUUUAUUUUUGUGAUAGCUACUGUGAUCGUGUAAGCAAUGCAGUGCAUAAAAUGGUGUCAGACACAGGAUUAAGCAAACAGAGGAAACAACAAGGCAGGGUAGGCUUAAGGUUAAUCGGACGUAAUGUGUUUUCAUUUUUGUUUUUGUUACGGUUUUCUUUGGUUUGAUUUUCCUUUUUCCCUUGGUUUUAUUUUUCGGCGCUGGUAACAUCAAUUAAUUCUGCCAUAAAAAAUGCGUAACCGGUUCAGAUAGGUUUUGCCGUGUUGCGUGUCUGUUCUGAGUCGCAACCAAAAUCCGUCUAAUGAUCGAGGUUACCGCGUAACUUCGCACAAAAAGAAAAAAAUCCCAAUUUGAAAACGAAAAACGACAGCAAAACAAUGAAUUAAAAAUAGCAGCGCACUGUUGAUCAUCGGCAUGGCCGAGGAUGAAACCGGUGUACAAAUUAUGCGCGUAUUUAUAACCAGAUGUGUAAUAGCAUUAGGACCACAACUAAUUCCCCUUUCGAUGAGCGCAGCUUUCGAAAGGUGAGCAGCAGCGGAGCAUUGCGAGAACAUUGUAACAGAGAGAGAGAGAGUCGGAGAAAGAAAAUUAUAUUUUCAUAUCACUUAGCAGUGGAGACGGAACGGAACUAGUAGUGUGUAACGGUAAUAAUCUAUUUAUAAUAAAACGUAAACAUAA